AUGCAGAUUCACCUGAUUCAGUCUACCCUGGGUUACGGAACUGUGUUGUCAAGUGCAGCGCAGAACCAAACGCUUUUCAUACGGCCUAACAGUCACUUAGACUUCUCUCUCUGUGUGUGUCACUGCAUUUGUCGAACCCUCGCCCUGACACAGGGUGUUGCACUGGAAAGUGGUUUGCAUGUGGAGGUCGUCUGCUGCGCGAGCGACAGUGAAAUUACCGGAAGUGUGCCCGUGGAGAGAAGAUGUGCGAAAGAUCUUCAGCAAGUACGUCAAAACUUUGUGCAGCGCCUGAAGAAACCUGAUGCUCUGACAAUGCUGCAGGAGGAGUUCUCCCUCACUGAGAAGGAGGCAGAGAUCAUCUUUGAGCUCUUUGACAAGGACCAGAACUGCGAGCUUAGCCUGUGGGAGUUCCAACAGUUCUACACCACGGUGGGCGCAAAUGCCCACGAAAUGAUAGAUUCCUUUCAUAAGCUGGAGAAAGAUCACAGUGGGACUAUCGACAUUGAACAAGCCUGGGACACGUUGAGGAAAAUGAAAACAGAAGAGGGGAACCAACUGCGCGAUGAAGAUAUCGAAAUGCUGCUAAAAACCACGGCUGGAGAGGAGAAAGUUAUCACCCUUCCAAAGUUCAUUAACCUGAUGUGUCGUUUGAAAGUGUACCGUUCGUAGUGAGAGAAAAUCAUGGCACUAGAAUCGAAAACUUUAAAUGAAAUUUAAAAUGUUGCUAAAUCUUUUGUUUUAAAUCAGCUCGAAGAAUUCCAAAAGAUUGCCUUUAUGUCAUAGAGUGGAGAAAGGAGAGAAUACCAUCUAAGGGGACGCAAUACGCUUUUUUUGCCCACUUAAAGGAGAUAAAUUACCUCUCUUGUUGUGACUGAGCUUCUAUGAAAAAUGCUCAUAGCAUAUAAUAUGCUGUGAUAAGGCAAACAAUGUUCAUAAUGCUGUUUCUUCCUAUUAAUGUUUAUUAAACAAUUUUAUUUUAUCUUGGGAUAAAUCAUAUUUUGAAAGUAAUUGACAGAUACACCUUUAUUUAUGUAUUUUAUUUAUGAAGUGACCCUAUUGUGCACUUAUUUAAUAGUUGUAGAUAGAAUCAAUGCUAUAUCAAUUAACUUGCACAGAAAAUAUCACUUCUCACAAGAAAUUCGAGAAUGGGAACAUCCUAGUCAGCAUAUUUCUUAUGUUACAAAAUUUGUUUCAUCAAAAAUUGUGGAUAUGGUGCUGUGAGUCGUGAGUGCAACAUGCAGUUCUUUCUUUUGUUCAUUGUCACUUUUUAUGUAACAUUUCAUGUUCAUCAUCAUUAUAAAAGUAACUUAGCCAGUCUUCAGUUUUAAUUUAUCAUCUCCUGAAAUAUUCCUUUAGACUUGAUUUACUGUAGUCUCGGACAAGAUAGAGUAGACUUGAUGGUAAAAGUCAUUAAAAUAAAAACAAUCUUCUUCUCUUCACGUUUAAAACAAGUAAAACCUAAUUUUCUUUAUAAACUUUGCCAGACUCACAGGACAGGGCUUUUAAAUUGUUAGCCAUAUAAAGUCCAUCAUUUAUUUCUCUGCACUACAAAGCACUGAAAAAGUCAUUCUGUUUCUUUCCUGUUGUUGGCUAUAAUGAGUAACUUUGGGGAAGGGAUGGGGUUACAUUCAUUAUUUUAGACUUGCUAGUUGUACAUGGGUAUACAUAUCUGCAUCAUACAGGGCAAACUUUAAGAAUCUCACCCAUUUUGGCGUAUCUGAUCCUAAAAUGACUAUACACAUUACACAUAAAAUACCACCACUGUAAUAUUUAUUCUUUUUAACUAUUUACCUGAUCCAUAUUUUUAUAAGGACUGCAAUAUUCUUUUAAAAUUUAGUUUGUUAAUGUGAAAGGCUAGUCCAUAGUUUGACAUUACAGCUGCAUGUAUAUCUAUUUAAAUUCCAACAUAUUUAGGACUGCUUUUGCCAGCUACCUGUAUAUUAUUGCUACAUCUAGAAUACCCUAAGAUUGUUUUCAUUACUAUUCAUGCAUAUUUUAAUAAUUAACACAGCACAUAGUUCAUGUUAAGCAUGUAACAUGCCUCAAUUCAUUGCAAUUAUGUCCUCAUUACAAAUACAAAAUAGGAUACUUAUGAAUGUUGGUGACAAGAAAGUGUGCUGGUGUGUAAACACAAAUAAACAUUGACUUCUCAUCCA